GACGAAAGAGAGCUAAAAACCCAUUACAACACUAACUUCCAGUACUGAUUGAAUGUAGACCCAACCAAGUGUAACAACCGAGCUCAUAGGCAGAGGCUGGGUCGGGGCGGACGGCGAGACGGGAGGCGGACCGUCGGGGCGAGCUAGGCACAGGGAGGCGAGGCGAGGCGCUGAGUGGGCAGGUCAGAGGCAGUGUGGCUCCGGCAGGCGUGGAGGGAGGGUGUACUUGCGAGCGUCUCUUACCGACCUCAGCACGCAGUCACGUCCGUCUCGCCGCACCUCAUGCCCGGCCAGGGAGAGAUAUCGUUCGUUCUGGCACGAUGGUUGUCUCGAGAUGUGCCCAAAACAUUACCAGUGCAUAAGUAACAGUUCCCGGAGGUCUUCUUUUCGGUGUGUGUGUGUGAUGGACCCGUUUGUGUAGCUGUCACUAGAUAUGAUUGAUAAGUUUUGACGCUGGAAAACUUGAGUGAACUAUAGAAAGGGGACUUCACGCUUCCAUGGUCCUUGUUUGCUGGUUCGUGGUGGGCGUCUGUGGGCCAUGACAGGCUGAGGCAGAACGGGAACCAAAAGUGUGUGUCUUUGGGAGCCACAGACAUCACCUCUGCCUCACCUUCACCGGCAUUCCAUCACGAUAACAAUGAACGAAGAUAGACUGGAUUGCCACUAACGAUGAUGCUUCCGAGAUAAGAAACAGACCGUGAUAUGCUUCCCUUGACUCCAUGGCUGAAGAUGAAUUAGGCGGAGCAGCCACAUGACAGCCAAAGACGAGGACAAACAUCGACUUUUGAGUAUUUUCUAACACAGUGCCGCAUGAAUGUGAGUCCCGCCGGGGUGCCACGUGCUCGGACACUGCCUUGACCCUGAGGACAUCUGGGCACUGACCUCGGAGGCUGCCGGGGGUCGAGGAGGAGGAGGCAGGAGGUAUCGGGUGGGAAUCAAUACCUGACUCAUUACCCAUCGCGACAAUACCAUAAUGCUUCUCUCCCUCUGCGUUAUAGGUGUCCUCGCAGCGGGUGCCAGCGGAGGCCCAGAGGAGGUGGAGGCCGCCUACCCACUAACGGGGAUUGCUGAGGGCACGCAAGGCUCCUACAUCAGGCUGACGGGCGUGGCGGAGGACGAGGAGGAGGACGAGGACGGGGUGGACGAUAUUGAUGAUGAGGUCGAGGAGGAGCCCUACUUCGAUGCCUCCAUGUCCCCGACCUACACCGCCUACCUGGGCAAGACAGCGACCCUCACCUGUAUCGUCCACGCCGCGAAGAGUGACAAGUCGGUGUCAUGGAUCAAAGACCUGCGGAUCCUGACUGUGGGUCGCUACACCUACACGACGGACCUGCGAUUCGAGGCGAUCCAUCAGCAGUCGAGCACCGAAUGGACGUUACGAGUGAGGCAAGUCGAGCUUCGGGACCAAGGGAACUACGAGUGCCAGAUAACCACCAAGCCUAUACGAACGUUCACCGUGUUCCUCAAGGUUGUAGAACCCACGGUGGAAAUCUUGGGCGCCCCCGACAUCUACGUGAACCGCGCCAGCAUGAUCAACCUCACCUGUGUUGUGUACCACGCCCCCUACCCCCCCGAGGCCAUCACCUGGUACCACGGCAACGAGACCAUCAGCUACACUUCGCCGAGAGGGGGCGUGAGCGUCGUGGAGGAGCGCGGGGAAACCACCACAAGCUUCCUCCUCUUGCAAAAUGCCAGGGCUUCAGACACCGGCACCUUCACCUGUCAGCCGGAGGGGAUGGAGCCGGCAAUAGCUAACCUCCACGUUCUUGAUGGAGAGAACAGGGCGGCCAUGCAACACAACUCGAGCUGCGUGUGUGUUCCGCGGCUCUCCACCAUCAUCGUCGUGGCGGCCCUCAUCGUCACCUGCUGCGUCGUCUUGUGAAGCCCCCGACACCACAGGGUUCCCAAGACCGUUAUCAGUCGACCGCCUUCACCCUUCUUCCUCCCCGGGCCAGAGAGGUGAAGAGGGGGUGGGAUUCAGUUACAUAUGAGUCACAAAUCGCUCGUCACUUGCUACGUCGUCUUGUGAAUCUCCACGACGACACCACAGGGUUCCCACGGGCCCCACCAGGUGACCGCACUCAGCCUUUUUCCUCCCCCGGACCAGAGAGGUGAAGAGGAGGUGGAAUUCAGUUACUCAUGAGGCACAAAUCGCACGUCAUCUGCUGCGUCGUCUUAUGAAACCCCAGACGGUGACAUAGGGUUCCCAGGGGCGUUACCAGGAGACCGCCUUCACUCCUCUACCUCCCCAGGGACAGUGAGUCAAAAAGGGGUUGGGAUUCCGUCACUCAAGAGUCACUAAUCGAUCGUGAGUCAAGUUUUCUCAGCGUCACCGACUUUCUUCUCGGCGGUUUUGGAGGUAAAUGUAGUGCCGCGGAAGGAGACUCGGCAACAUAAACGAUAAAAACGAGGAUGGAGGGAAAAAAUAAUGACAAUCGCAAGAGUGGCUUUUGUGAUUGCCGGCGCAGUUUUAGGGUUUGGCACGGCGGGAAAAGUUUCUGACUGGCGACGUAAAAAUGCUCUCAGACGCCGCCGGUGCUGUGGCGUGGUGUUGGCGGGUCGCUUUUUUGUGGGUAGAGGGAAGCGAAAAUUGCGUCACCUGUUUGUAUGCUCAGUUAAUUAUGGGCGAGCGGAUUAUGAGCUCGUUCACCCGCAGGGCCGCGGCUCGAUCGCGCGGUAUUUUUCGGACAACAUUUUUGCAUCCAAUGACUAACAAUAUUACCGGGAAAAUGUAAAAUGCAAAGAGCAGGACGUUGUUCCCUUUAUAAUACAUUCAUAAUUUAACUGCCAUUUGUUUUUUGUCAUUGAUUAAAACACGACAAUCGCAUAAUUAAUGUAAUAUCGAUAAAAAUUCUAAUAUGGCAGCUUUUUUUAUCAUUUCCACUAUGUGAGUUUAUUAACACCGUGUCGGCGAAGUGAAGUUGAAAGUGUAAUUAUGAGUUAUAAAAGUCAAGCCCCGGACUGGCGGCGGCUGCGAUACGUACAAAAAGUCAGCCUGGAGCCUCGCCCAUGACAGCAGCGCGUCAGCACGUCAACGGGGAGACACGAGCAAGCCAACACGAACAUGGGAAGCCGUGACGCCCGCCGUGAGUAAGCUUAAACGAAACAAGAUUAGAGCAAGGACGCAAAGAAAAAUCAUAAAGCAGACGAGAGCUCCCCUCCAAAUCAAUACAAAAGUACUUCAGAAAGGAAACCUAACAUUUGCUCUGAGGGGAAUAGCCGCGAGGAGGCGAAGGGAGGCGAGAGACUUAACUCCUCUUUUCUCCUUCACCCCUCGACCCCCGACUCCCCACAACCCGGUAUGACGUAUCUCCGUGUCCUCCAGUCUCGUGUUUUGUGCAUCCACCUCCCUGUGUCCACCUGAGAGUGAAUUUAUCAUACUGUUUAUUGAUAUUCUCUCUAUCUAUCUAUCUUUCCUGUGUCCAUCUGAGUCAACUUAUCAUACUUUUUACUGAUAUUCUCCUUCUCUCUCUUCUUCUCACUCUUUCCCUCCUUCUUUCUCUCUCUCAAUGUCAAGAUGAAUAAUAAAGGUGUAAUGUCAACGCCUCACCUGUCUCCUCGUCACGGACAGGUAUGAAACGUGUUCCGCCUCCCACACACGAACUUCAGCCACUGUCAUUUUUUUUUUUCCAAACUUUUUAAAACCCCUCCGAAAAAGCAAAAGAAAAAAGUCUGACAAGCGAGGGAAUAAAAGGGAGAGUCUAUGUUGUUGACUCUCCGAUCAGUCUGAGAAACUUUUAAGGUUAGUGAAACUGGUUGAUAUUUGUGAGGUUUUAAAGAAGCUUAAGUCUGAAUCAUUGCUUUCGUUCAAGGCCGCUGCUCUGUGAUAUUAAGAAAUGAUUAUGUUAAAACAGACAACGACGGGACGUAAAUCUCCUACUUUAACUGAUUUAUUGCCUCUCAUUUUAGCCACAACGAAGCAUUAUCACGUCAGCUUCCUUCCUCUCCACACUAAUUCCUUCCAUGUUUUCCUUUAUCCUUCCUGACCCAUCUGCAGCUGUCUUCCGUGGCCACCCAUCACAGUACAUGUAUGCAAGGAACAUUCAGAACUACGAUAACCUUUCCUACCCAACGACCGCAUGCACACCACCACGACAGCUUCAUCCCGACCAGUCAACACAAAUCAAACGACCGCUCACCCUUACUGGCUUGCCCUGCGCUUUCUCCAUGGCAAUACCCAACACGUAACACCCGCUAUCUUCACCUACACGCCCUACGCUUUUUAUGACACUUACAUAACUACCCUGAUUAGCUUGCCACACACACUACGUUAUUUCCACCAGUCAAACACUAUGGAGAGAGCAAUUACUGAACCUACCACCUCCCUAUCUACACUAAAAUUUCCCUCAUACCAAUAAUUGAACCAGUAUUAACUUGACAUACUUACACUUAUUGCACUGAUAAAUAAAAAUACAAGUGACCAAACAUCUACCUCCUUAAUAAUAACAAAGGACUUAGUUUUUUUUUCCAUUCUUUCAUGUCCCUUUACAUUCACAACCCUACCCAGCGACUCUUCUUUCCCCCUCAAGCAGCAUUGCCCAAUAACAACACACAUAACAAAGUAUUCCGACCACUAAGCUUCCUGGACCUCAAAACUCUACUCGUACGGACCUCACCCUCGCCGCUACCCACAGUCAACACGCAAACAACCCGCCCCCACAGCGUUACAACAAUUAACUCCACCACUCAAACACAACUCGGCCUGCCGCCCUGACUUCGCUGUUAGUUCAUCCCCCUCCUCGCCUUGUCCACCCACACAGCUGCCGGGAGCACAGCAACUAUCAGCCAGCCCUUGAUUAUCCCAUCUUUUCCCAUCACCACAUCACAAAAGCACAACCACCACAGCGCCCCAUCACACCAUUACUGCCACACUCAACGUGAUCUAUCGCUUUCCAUGGCUCUUUCACACAACACAUCUGCCCACAACACUGUCCAUUCCCCCUAUAACCCCCUCUUUCCGAACUCACAAUUACCACAUCAUAAGCUUCAAACACACCGACCACUGCAACACCCAACGUAAUCUAUCGCUGUCUAGUGCCCUUUCACAUGACACCUACCCGCAACACAGUAGUUAUUCCGUUCUCCCUCCAUCCCCCUCUUUCCCCCUUCACUAUUACCAGGUUUACAACACCACAAGCUUGCCACACCCCAGCCAUUGCCACACCCAACACCAAUCUAUCCCUUUCACACAACACACCUGCCCGCAACACAACAUUAUUCCACUCUCAAUCUAUUUCUCUUUCCCCUUUCACCAUUACCUCCAUUACCACAUCACAGGCUCGACCCCCCCCCCCCCCCAAUUACCGCCCCACCACCUCAACCACCACUACCACCACCACAUCACCGACUAGCCAGCCACAUGCAGGUCGGGGUUAAUCAGAAUAAUCCAGCGCACGAUUUUUUUUUUUUUUCAGUGGUUUCGCUCUUUUUUAUUUUUUUGUUUUUUCAUCCAUGGCGAUCGCGGGAAAAAAUCAAUUGCAAUGCUUGUUUGGGAGUGAAUUUUAUUGGCAGUUCCGGGUUCUCAUUUGCUUUUUACAAUGGCGCGGGUGAAGAACAUUGCCGAAUUACCAGCUGAUUUUUUUUUUUUUUUUUACACGCACUGCGACAAAACUCCAGCGACGGCAGUUGUUUAAAGUACACGAUAUUGCCAUAUAAAAAAGUGUGGCAUGCGCUAAAUAAUAAAAAGUAACCAGUACAUAUAUCUAUUGCACUGAGCCAAUCAAGGUGUAAACGUUAUUCCUACCAAUAUUAGUGACAACUCAAAAUUGGAACUCCAUCUAUAAUUUUGUAUUACCAACCUUUCUGAAUCAUAACUAACCUCUAUGGCAGCAUAAAAAAGAAUAUAUACCUAUCACCCUAAGCCAGUCAGGUUCUACACGUUUUUCAUACCAAGAUUACCAACCUCUCAGAACUGUAACACCAUCUAUUUGUGUUCUAUCACCAACCUUUCCGAAUCAUAAUUAACCAUGUUGAAUAAAAAGAAAUAAAAAAAUACAUAUACCUAUUCUGCUUAGCCAAUCAAAUUCUGCACGUCAUUCACACAAUUAUCAGUAACCGUUCAAAAUUCUAACUAACUCUAUUUCUCUAUUCCCAACCUUUCCGAAUCAUAAUUAACCAUAUUAAAUAAGAAAAUAACUACAUAUAUCUAUUAUAUUUAGUUAAUCAAUUUUUACACGUUAUUCACACUAUUAUCAGUAACCGUUCAAAAUUCUAACUCAAUCUGUUUCUCUAUUCCCAACCUUUCCGAAUCAUAAUUAACCAUGCUGAAUAAAAAACAUCUACAUUAUACCUAUUCCGCUAAACCAAUCAAGUUAUAUACGUCAGUCACACAAUUAUCAGCGACCGUUCAAAAUUCCAACUCACUCUGUUUCUCUAUUCCCAACCUUUCCGAAUCAUAAUUAACCAUGUUGAAUAAAAAAAAAAAAAAAACUACAUAUAUCUAUUCUACUAAGCCAAUCAAGUUCUACACGUCAGUCACACAAUUGUCAGCAACCGUUCAUAAUUCUAACUCCAUCUAUCUCUCUAUUCCCAACCUUUCCGAAGCAUAAUUAACCUCUAUGUCAGUAUUCCACACCCUGCCUACAUUUGCCGUGAUAUAUUCGCAUCAUUUGGCCUAUUUACUUUCCAUUCCCGGGGCGCCGUAAUCAUGCAGCACACGCCGGGGACUCAUGCGGACGUUCACAGCCUGGCCAUCAUUGCAAAAAACAGCGCAUUUAUCAGCCGCUCGGUUAUAUAUCAAUCCGCGAAGUCUGACACACCGCCUAUAUACCUGUCAGGCCUCUCAGGUGUGUGGCGCGAUGUAUUUUAUCACGAGGACACUUUCGUGGUGGUGCUGGAUGCGGUGGUGGUGGUGGUAGUGGUAGUGGUAGUGGUAGUAGUAGUAGUAGUAGUAGUAGCAGUAGUAGCAGUAGUAGUAGUAGUAGUAGUAGAAGUAGUAGUAGUAGUAAUAAUAGUAGUAGUAGUGGUAGUAAUAGUAGUAGUAGUAGUAGUAGUAGUAGUGGUGGUAGAAGUGGUAGCAGCAACAACAACAGGAGCAGCGGCAACAAAAAUAGGCGUGUGCGUGUGUGUGCGUGUGUGUGUGUGUGUGUGUUCCUAACUCUGUGUACGUAAUAACCGCGUCGUUGUGGUUAUGUACGCGGCCAUGAACCUUUAUGAUGACAUUAGUAAACUUUUUUUUUGUAUAAUUCACUUUCUCUGCAAACUUCAUUCUAUUUUUGUUUAACGUCCUGAAUAUGUAUGUAUGUAUGUAUGUAUGUGGGGGCGUAUAAAGUUGUCCUAUUAUCAUACCUACACGAAGAGCCAUAAAACGUACAUACAUGGCGUUCCUUGUAAAUAUCGACAUGCAAGCACAAAAAAGAAGUGUUCAAGUGUGCGGAGGAAGAUAAAAACAAUGAGUGGAUUUCUCUGCGAGUGUUUCCGUGCGGGCGUGUGAGCAUCAACGCCCUCACAACAUUACCGUGUACAUACCUCUGUGUUCGUUUGUUCGACUGUCCUUGUAAAAUAUGUACAUAUGUAAUAUAUAUUUGUAUAUGAA